AUGCGUUCUCAUAUCAAGUUUUCAGCUCUGAAAGGGAUGGUUGAUCUUUCUAAGAAACUAGUUGAGACAAAAAAGGAUAAGGUAUAUCCAUUGGUUUAUUUGCUUAUUAAAUUGACAUUAACGCUUCUAGUUGCAACAGCUUCGGUAGAACGAGCAUUAUCUGCAAUGAGUAUUGUGAAGAAUCAAAUAAUGCGCAAUAAAAUGGGAGAUCAAUGGUUGAAUGAUAGCCUCACUGUGUACCUUGAGAAUGAUGUAUUCAAUGCUAUUGAUAAUGAGCCUAUUAUCCAUCGCUUUCAAAACAUGAAAUCCUGCCGAGGACAAUUUUAA